AUGGAAUCUAAUCCUCCUCAUGAUCAUAAUCAAAAACCUCAUGCUGUAUUUGUUCCAUUUCCAGCACAGGGUCAUAUCAUCCCAAUGAUGCAACUAGCAAAACUCUUCCGUUGCAACGGUUUCCACAUAACCUUUGUGAACACUGAAUUCAACCACAAACGUUUGAUAAAAUCUCUUGGAGAAGAGUUUGUGAAAGGUCUCCCAGAUUUUCAAUUCGAAACCAUACCUGAUGGUUUACCAGAAUCAGAUAAAGACGCAACACAAGAAGUUGAACCGUUGUGUGAAGCAGUUAGAAAUAACUGUUAUGCUCCAUUGAAAGAGCUUGUGAUUAAGCUCAACACAUCAUCAUCACAUAUUCCAGUUAGUUGUGUAGUUGCUGAUGGGCUAUCGGGAUUUGCUGGAAGAGUGGCUAAGGAUUUGGGGAUUCGAGAGUUACAGUUUUGGACAGCUUCUGCUUGUGGAUUUCUGGGAUAUUUGUAUUUUGAUGAACUUGUCAAAAGGGGCAUUCUUCCAUUCAAAGAUGAAAAUUUUGCAGAAAAUGGCACCUUGGAAACAAGUCUAAAUUGGAUUACAGGAAUGCAAGAUAUCAGAUUAAAAGAUCUACCAAGCUUCAUAAGAAUUACUGAUAUAAAUGAUAUUAUGUUUAAUUUCCAAGGUUCUGAAGCACAAAAUUGUCUGAGAUCGUCAACAAUAAUAAUUAACACAUUUGAAGAAUUGGAAGGUGAAGCUCUCGACACCCUUAGAGCCAAAAACUCAAACAUAUAUAGCAUUGGUCCCCUUCACAUGCUUGGUAGGAACUUUCCAGAGAAGGAAUAUGGUUUUAAAGCAAGCGGUUCAAGUUUAUGGAAAAGUGACCCAAAAUGUAUAAAUUGGUUGGAUAAAUGGAAACCUAGCUCAGUCUUAUAUGUUAAUUAUGGAAGUGUAACUGUUAUGACAAAUCAUCACUUGAAAGAAUUUGCUUGGGGAAUAGCAAAUAGCAAGAUACCAUUUUUAUGGAUAAUGAGGUCAGAUGUUGUAAUGGGUGAAGAAACUUCAAGUUUGCCACAAGAGUUUUUAGAUGAAGUUAAGGAUAGAGGAUACAUAACUAGUUGGUGCUCUCAAGACCAAGUUCUUGCUCAUCCAUCAAUUGGAGUUUUUCUAACUCAUUGUGGUUGGAAUUCUACACUUGAAGCUAUUUCUUCAAGUACGCCAACUAUUUGUUGGCCAUUUUUUGCUGAGCAACAAACAAAUUGCAGAUAUUUAUGUAACACUUGGAGAAUGGGGAUGGAAAUUAACUACAAUGUGAAAAGAGAUGAGAUAACAGAAAUUGUGAUGGAAAUGAUGGAAGGAGAAAAGGGAAAAGAACUUAGACGCGAGUGUUUGGAGUGGAAAAGGAAAGCUACAAAAGCUACUAAUUUGAGAGGAUCAUCAUACAUUAAUUUUCAUAAGUUAAUUAAAGAGGUUCUUUAUCACAAUAUUAUUUGA